GUGAAUACAGAAUGCUUAUCUGGAUUGCGCAAUAUCCGCAAGCGGUGCAGUCUGGGGUUCUGCUGCACAACAGAGGGCUGGCGCAACUGGCUAGCUAGCUGAUCACUUGAAAUGGACGUGUUCUUAAUGAUCCGGCGUCACAAGACCACAAUCUUCACAGAUGCCAAGGAGUCUACCACUGUGUAUGAGCUGAAGCGUAUUGUUGAAGGAAUCCUUAAGAGAGCACCUGAAGACCAGAGGCUGUACAAAGAUGACCAGUCGCUAGAGGACAGCAAAACUCUUGGUGACUGUGGAUUUACCAACCAGACUGCCAGACCUCAAGCCCCAGCUACAAUUGGUCUGGCCUUCCGCAUUAAUGAUGACAUGUUCGAACAGCUGCACAUCGAGGCCUUCUCCAGCCCCCCAGAACUCCCUGAUGUGAUGAAGCCUCAGGACUCCGGUAGCACUGCCAAUGAACAGGCUGUGCAGUGAUAACAUGGAGAGGAAACGAGCAAUGGAGGAAAGGAUGGAAGUGUGUGUGUGUGUGUGUGGAUUAACUGCAGUGGAGAAGUAGCGGGUUGGAGAAUAUGUAAUAUAAUUUGUUGGAUGGGGACAUUAUAGGUAACCAAGCCUAUCCAUGUUACCUUCAUGCUAUCAUCCCAGCAAACUCUCCCCCCCUCUCCCCACCCCCCUCUCAAUUAGCUUCACUUUUUCUUUUUUUAUGAUUUCCACAUCACAUGCAGUUCUGCUCCUUGACUUUGCUCUUAAGCACCAACUGGCUCAAAUGUUUUGAGUGAGGAAGUUGGUUUGGAAAGUAUGAUUGUGUGUGUGAUUUAUUAUAAUUAUUAUCAUUAAUAUUUUGGAAAAGGUGAAAGUGUAGUUGUGUGUCAGUGUUCUAGAAGUAACAUGCAUAGGUAAGGAUGUCUGGUGUCCAAAUCGGCAAACUGCAUGAACAAAAUUCAAAACAAAGGCUUUAUUUUCACAAAAACAGAUAAAACUGACAACAGAAAUGGACAACAGAUGGAUUUUUGUUUUUGGUCAAAGAACAUUCUGUCUGUGGCAUACAGAAGAAAAGUUUCUGGCGUUAAAACCUAAGUUUUGAAAAUGCAUACAUCACCACAUGUCACCAACGUCAAUGUGGCACCUUCCCCUAAUCACACAAACAUAGCCUGUAACUGUGAGCUUGCAUAAUUAAAAGUUUUUCCUGUUUUUGUUUUUUA